AUGACGAGGCCUCAAAUAAUCCGGGCAGAUACCUUGGAUCUCCAAGACCACGAUGAGCCCUCCGCGAAAGACCACACCAGACAACCAGUACACCCACAACCACUUGGGAGCGGCCGGCCUGCUCCCCAUCAAGAGCUCUCUAUUCGCCACGCCGAAGAAGAUCUGCAGUCGGAGAUCAGGGGCGGGCGCGACAAAAAUGAACAUCGCGACGGCAAGGACGCGGAUGGAGACCGAGAUGAUGAGGAUGACGACGACGACGAUGACACUCGGUACGAGCAUGAGGAUGAGGACCUGGCAGACGGUGAAAACGACGACAUGAUGGACGACGACAUGAUGGACAAAAUCUCCAGCUCGCCCUCCAUCGACGAUGAGGACAUUGAUUUCGAGUUCGUCUACGCGCUUCACAACUUCGUCGCUACCGUUGAUGGUCAGGCAAACGCUGCAAAGGGCGACACCAUGGUUCUCCUCGAUGACAGUAACAGCUACUGGUGGCUUGUUCGUGUCGUGAAAGAUGGAAGUAUUGGAUAUCUUCCUGCAGAGCACAUCGAAACGCCCACGGAAAGGCUGGCCAGAUUGAACAAGCACAGAAAUGUGGACCUCUCUGCGACUAUGCUGGGCGACAACAACGAAAAGUCUAAGAAUCCGCUCAAAAAGGCUAUGCGUCGCCGUAACGCAAAGACCGUCAACUUCGGGGCCCCAAUGUACAUCGACGCCUCUGAUGUCGACUACUCGUCGGACGAGGAUUCCGAACAUGGCGACUUCUUCAACGAUGACGAGACCUUGGACGGUGAAGAAGAAGACGUCCAGGACCAAGCUGAGGAUAUUGUUGUGGAACCGCUCAGGCCAAAGGGCCAGAAAGACAAAUCCGCGGAGUCCUCAGACAACCAUGGCUCUCAUGAAAGACAAGAUUCACAAUUGUCAGGUUCCGAAAAACGCCCGUCAAGCGAAGAAUUCUUUGAAGCCGAAGGUAAAUUGAACCAUGUGCGAGCUACACCCGUGCCAGGGACUGACUCUUCCCAAACAGAACCCACUGUCAGUAGAUCCAGAAAUGGCACUGUACGAAACACCGAUUCUUUCUUCAAAGAUGAUACUGCCGAGCCAAAGAAGAUAUCUCUUACGCCAAAUCUGCUGCGUGACGCACGCGAUGAAAAUGGCCUAAGUACAUUGGCAGAGUGGAAAGAGCCCCGUGGAAGCCUUGACUCUCUUGAAAAAGGAACCAAUCCACAGGACAAAGCGAAAGAAAAGGAGGAGAAGAAACGAAAGGAGAAGAAGUCCGGAAUGCUCAGCGGAUUGUUCAAGCGCAAGAAGAACAAAGACGAUGUCGAUGAACCGGAUAGGUCGCCUGUGGACUCGGCAUCCCGGACAUCGCCGCAACCAAAGACCUCUAUGGAGUCCAUUUCCUCAAAGUCAAUGUCACCCGAUCAGCAGCGAUCCUCCAAAGAGCAACAACGGUCUUCCAAGGAAUCCCAGCGACCCUCGAAGCCGCAGAAGCACACAGUCAAUAAGCUGCACAAGCAGCCCCCUGGUAUCAUGAAGGUUGAUACAGAUCUCGAUCCAGACAUGACUGCGUACCACAGCAGCGAGGCUAUUCAGCGUAGCUCGGGCGACCAGAGCAUUCGGCAAGUCCCGCAACACGAACAAGAAGAAAGUGGCUAUGAGGAUUGCGACAUCGUUUUACAAUCACCCAUUAGUCCGGCUAGUGUCUCCAAGGAUCCUUUCUCGACCCCACUUGAAUCCAUGGACCCCUUGGCGUCGCCGGUUGACCGUCCGUCCAGCGAAACGCAGUGGCGAGGACCCCAAAAUUAUGGCCGCACAUCUGCUGCCUCCAAUUCUGUAACAUCACCACCCCAGAGGUUUGCACCGGACGUGAGUGAGGCAGUGUCCGCGUCUCCUGUUAACCACUCGCCGGUGGAGGCCUACGUACCCGUAGGGGUCGAGGGCAUCACAGACGCAUCACAAAGCACGCGAUCUCUGUCGCCGCCCUCGCCGCCCUCAUCGGCAGGAAACGACACUCAAUAUCAAAAGAGCAUCGCCACGACCCCUGCCUCGGUUGAUGCACUCUCUGUGGAUACCCCGACUUGGAGCGACUCCAGUCUGCGAUCGUACAUGGACGAAGAAAAUGACAUUCGCGACUUGUUCAUCAUUGUCCAUGACAAAUCAAACGUCCCUCCGGCUGGUCCUGAUCACCCGAUCACUGGUCGUCUGUUCAAGGAAGAAAGCAAGAGACUCAAGGAAAUGAACAAUCAGCUUGACGAGAUGCUCGUGAGCUGGAUGUCUCAACGGUCUCGGACCUCUUCCUCGAUGCGCAGCAUGCAAAGCGCAGUAUGA